GAGCUCCCGCCUCCCGCCGGGGUCGGGGGUCAGCCGCGCCCGCCGGCUGCGGGCGCCCAUGGAGGAUGGAGGGCUCGGAGGACGAGGAGCCGGGGUCCGAGGGGCCGCUGCAGCAGCUGCUGAAGCGGCAGCGCAAGGAGAAGCGGGAGCUCCAGGCAAAAAUUCAAGGCAUGAAAAAUGCUGUUCCCAAGAAUGAUAAGAAGAGACGAAAACAGCUGGCAGAUGAAGUAGCCAAACUAGAGGCAGAACUUGAAAAGAAGCACAAAGAGGAAUUGAAGCAGCUGAAGGAAGCUUCACCUGAACAGAAUAAGACAGAUUCCAUAGCUGAUGGGGUUGCAAAUAUAGAGCUUGAAGGAGUAGAGCAGCAGACUCAGCAUCAUCGAAUAUCAAAAGCACAGAAGAGGCGGGAGAAAAAAGCUGCUUUGGAGAAAGAAAGAGAAGAAAGAAUAGCUGAAGCUGAGAUACAAAAUUUAACUGGUGCUAGACAUCUUGAAAGUCAGAAACUUGCCUGCCUAUUGGCAGCAAGGCACUUAGAGAUUAAACAAAUCCCUUCAGAUGGCCAUUGCAUGUACAGAGCUAUUGAAGAUCAGCUCAAGGAUCACCAAAAUUCCUGGACUGUUGCAACUCUGAGGAGCCAAACAGCAAAGUAUAUGCAAAGUCACUGUGAUGACUUCUUGCCUUUUCUUACAAACCCUAAUACUGGAGAUAUGUAUAGCAGAGAGGAAUUUGAGAAAUACUGUGAUGAUAUAGCAAAUACAGCUGCAUGGGGAGGUCAGCUGGAACUAAGGGCUUUGUCACACAUUUUACAAACACCUAUUGAAGUAGUGCAGAUGGAUUCUCCUCCCAUUGUUGUUGGUGAAGAGUAUUCAGGCAAACCAAUAACACUUGUGUAUAUGAGGCAUGCCUAUGGAUUAGGAGAACAUUACAAUUCUGUGAAAGUUCUGACAGACACUGCUACAGAGAACAGCAGCUAGCAUACAGAAGUUGUACAUUCACAUGGAUAACAGUUGCAUCGUGAUGUGUUGGGCUCCAGGAAAUUCCCAGUAAGACUGGAAAGUAAAUGGCAUGGAUUAGAAAGUAAAAAAAAAAAAAAUACGAAAUACAAGACCCUGCAAGAUUUGACUAUAAAUCAGACAUGGCUCCUGAUUUGUAACAAAACCAAACCAAAACCACACAACAAUAUUUUGAACGUAUUGGUAUUAAUUAUGUUUUGAAGAUUUUCUGUAAAAUGGUGGCUGUGUAGAUCAGGUUUUUUUCAAUAGAGCUUCCUCCCAAUACUGCAGAGAAAAUAUCAAGUGGUAAAAAUUCGUUUUGGUUAAUCUGCAUUUCUGCUGAAAAUUUUAGGUUACCUGAAGGUCCCUGUUCCAUUAUUUCUGUCAGAUUUUCAUGCUAAUGGAAGAGUUCAGGCAUUUGAAAGAACUGAUUGUAUUUUGCUUAUGGAAUAUUAUCUGCAGUGUUUCUCUAGUCCUAUUAGGAUCUAAUUUCAACAAUGUAGUAUUGAUUCCCUUCUUUAUUUGGGCAGAGAAGAUGAGGAGGUAAAUCCAGCAGCAGAAUAUCUUGGCUUGGCUGAAGGAAUUGCACGAUCUUUUUAAAGACUUCCAUGUAAGAUGUUUACCAAGGGUCUUUGUAGGGGUUUUUUGAGUUGGCAGUAGGAAUCCAACUCUUGUGCAUUGUUAUUUAUGACAGUACAUGACUGCACUGUCAGUGCAAGUUAACUGCACUGUUCAUUCUCCAUAGUCUUUCAGCUGUGCAUUUCGGUGAAUGCGAAAUCUUCAGAGCUUCUCAGUGUCCUCACUUGAGGUACUGAAACUCAUCUGAAUUUACAAUUUCUGGAUCUGCUGAUCUAAGCACUUUGUCAUCUAAAGUGUGAUGUUUUAUAAUGCUUAAAACAGCUGGUUGCACACAAGCUGUAGAAAUAAUCACCUUGGGUUUUAUCAGUAACCAAAGGUGAUCUGGAAAAGAGUUAAGUUUAUUUUAAUUGCUUCUUAUGAUGCACAGAGACUUGAAAGGUUUUAAUAUGGCUUGACUUUUUACAUUAGAAAUGUAGAUUGUUGUCUGUAAAUGUGACUUCAAAAUGAGGAGCAUACUGAAACCAAAAUUUUAAUGCAAAUGUUUUUUAACAAGGGAUAUUGUUAAUUUUUAAAAAGCCUUAGUCAAUAAAAGUAUUGUAUCUUACUGCUGCUGAGUUGGUUUGGAGAAAAGUGGUUCAUGAAGAGAUUAAACACCUUUGCCCUGGUUUGAGGAUUAUGACCUAACAGUGUGUAUCUUGUAGUCCUUCAGUAAAGCUAGCCUGCAGACUUACAUUCCUGGAACUUAGAGAAGUCUGCUCUUACUUAAGAGGGAGAUAAGUGAUCACUUUGUGGGUCAGAUUAUGUCUGGAUUAAAGCACUUUGAGAGAGAGGGAGUAAAAAAAUACCAGAUAAUUACAGCAAGAGUUUUUGGACAGCAGUCUUUAGGCUGGUGCCUGCCAGGAAAACAAAGUAUUAACCAGAUCAGGAGUUUUUACAUUCUUAUUUAUCUGUUAAAGUGUCAUAAAUAUAGCUGGUUUAUGUACCAAACCAGCUGGCUUACUUUAAAAUUUGAUUGUAUAAAAUGAUGGUUUUAAUUCAAAGAAAGAAUAGGAUACAACAGCAUGGAAACAAUGUUUCUAUUCAUAAUGCCAUUAAAAAUUUCACUAAAAAUAAUAAAAAGUACUCUUCUCUGCAUUGCUUAGAAUUGAUGUGAUAUAAAAUGUACAUGCUGCAUUUUAUAGAUACACAGUUCUUUGGUUUAUUUGGGUUUCAGUUUUGUUUGAUUAAUUCAGAGAGAAAAGAUGCCAGAAUUGGGGAACACCUGUACCAAGAGUUUGUCAUGUUGAAGAUGUUUACAGUUUGUAUAAAGUUAAAUAAUUUAAUAUAGUGAGUGAAAGAUCCUUGCUUAUGCUAUAUGGGACUUGCCAAAAAGUAAUAAAUUGGUUUAUUUGUGGCA